GCCCAGGGGUCAGAGGCCGAGCCAGUGCCGGCAGGGCAGGGAUGAGCCAUGGCAUCAGUCAAAGUGGCCGUGAGAGUCAGGCCCAUGAACCGAAGGGAAAAGGAUUUGGAGGCCAAGUGUAUUAUUCACAUGGAAACAAACAAAACAACAAUCACAAACUUAAAGAUUCCAGAGGGAGGGACUGGAGAUUCAGGAAGAGAAAGAACCAAAACCUUCACCUAUGACUUUUCCUUUUGUUCUGCUGAUUCUAAAAGUCCAAAUUAUGUUUCUCAAGAAAUGGUUUUCACAAAUCUUGGCACAGAUGUCUUACAAUCUGCAUUUGAAGGUUAUAAUGCUUGUGUCUUUGCCUAUGGGCAAACCGGAUCAGGGAAGUCUUACACUAUGAUGGGAAAUACUGGUGAUUCUGGCUUAAUACCUCGAAUUUGUGAAGGUCUGUUCAGCCGUAUAAAUGAAACUACGAAAUGGGAUGAAGCUUCUUUUCGAACUGAAGUCAGCUACCUUGAAAUCUACAAUGAACGUGUGAGAGAUCUACUUAGGCGGAAGUCAUCAAAAACCUACAAUUUGAGAGUUCGUGAGCAUCCCAAAGAAGGACCUUAUGUUGAAGAUUUGUCAAAACAUUUAGUACAAAAUUACAGUGAUGUAGAAGAACUUAUGGAUGCAGGGAAUAUAAAUCGAACCACUGCUGCAACGGGAAUGAAUGAUGUUAGCAGCAGGUCUCAUGCCAUUUUUACCAUCAACUUCACUCAGGCAAAAUUUGAUUCAGAAAUGCCAUGUGAAACUGUGAGCAAGAUCCACUUGGUUGAUUUGGCGGGGAGUGAGAGAGCAGAUGCCACUGGCGCUACUGGGGUUAGAUUGAAGGAAGGAGGGAACAUUAACAAAUCCCUAGUUACUCUGGGAAAUGUCAUUUCUGCCUUAGCUGAUUUAUCUCAGGAUGCCGCAUACCCUUUUGUAAAGAAGAAGCAAGUAUUUGUGCCUUACAGGGACUCUGUUUUGACUUGGUUGCUAAAAGAUAGCCUUGGAGGAAACUCUAAAACUAUCAUGAUUGCCACUAUUUCACCUGCCGAUGUCAAUUAUGGAGAAACCCUAAGUACUCUUCGAUAUGCAAAUAGAGCCAAAAACAUCAUCAACAAGCCUACCAUUAAUGAGGAUCCUAACGUCAAACUCAUUCGUGAGCUCCGAGCUGAAAUAGCCAGACUGAAAACUCUGCUUGCCCAAGGGAAUCAGAUUGCACUAUUGGACUCUCCAACAGCUUUGAGUAUGGAGGAGAAACUCCAGCAGAAUGAAGCAAGAGUACAAGAAUUGACCAAAGAAUGGACAAACAAGUGGAAUGAAACUCAAAAUAUUUUGAAAGAACAAACGUUAGCCCUGAGGAAAGAAGGAAUUGGAGUUGUUCUGGAUUCUGAGCUGCCUCAUCUGAUUGGCAUUGAUGAUGACCUUCUGAGCACUGGAAUAAUCUUAUAUCACUUGAAGGAGGGUCAAACUUAUGUUGGCCGAGAAGAUGCUUCAGCAGAACAGGAUAUUGUUCUUCAUGGCCUGGAUUUGGAAAGUGAACACUGCGUCUUUGAAAAUGUUAAUGGAACAGUGACUUUAAUACCGUUAAAUGGAUCCCAGUGCUCUGUGAAUGGGAUACAGAUCCUAGAAGCUACACACCUGAACCAAGGUGCUGUUAUUCUUCUUGGGAGAACCAACAUGUUUCGCUUUAACCACCCCAAGGAAGCUGCCAAGCUUAGGGAAAAGAGAAAGAGUGGACUUUUGUCUUCCUUCAGUUUGUCGAUGACUGACCUCUCAAAGUCAUGUGAGAACCUCUCAGCUGUCAUGUUGUAUAAUCCAGGGCUUGAAUUCGAGAGGCAACAGCGUGAGGAGCUGGAAAAGUUAGAAAAUAAAAGGAAGCUCAUUGAAGAAAUGGAAGAAAAACAAAAAUCAGACAAAGCAAAAUUAGAACGAAUGCAACAAGAAGUGGAGUCACAACGCAAGGAAACGGAAAUAGUACAGCGACAAAUCAGGAAACAGGAGGAGAGCUUGAAACGCCGAAGCUUUCAUAUUGAGAGUAGACUAAAAGAUUUGCUAGCUGAAAAAGAAAAAUUUGAAGAGGAACGGCUCAAAGAACAGCAGGAGAUUGAGCUUCUGAAGAAAAGGCAAGAAGAAGAAAGCAUUCUCAAAGUCAAGGAAGAGCUCCAGUGGCUACAAGAACUCAAUAAGAAUGAAAAGGCUGAGAAGAUACAGAUAUUCAGAGAACUUGACAGACUUAAAAAGGAAAAAGAUGAGCAAUGUGCCAAGUUUGACCUGGAAAAAAAGAGACUUGAAGAGCAAGAAAAAGAGCAGCUGUUGCUUGUUGCACAUCUUGAAGAGGAAGUCAGAGAAAAACAAGAUAUGAUACAAUUCCUAAAGCGAGGAGAUGUCCAAAGGCUAGAAGAAGAAAUAAGAGACCUUGAAGAAAUCAGAGGGUCUCUUUUGAAAUUUAAAGAAGUCCGACAUGAGGAGGUUGGAGAAGAUGGUGAAGAAUUAGAGAAAGCACAACUUAAUUUCCUGAACUUCAAGAGAAAGCAACUUGCACAGUUGAUAAGUUUGGAAAAGGAUCUAGUUCAGCAGCGAGAUCUCCUUGAAAAAGAAGUGGUAGAUGAACGGGAAGUUCUAGAGCAUUUAACAGGUGUCACUGAAGAUUUGAAUUUGCUCAAAGUAAAUAAUGAAAAUCUCUUAAAGGCAACACAGGUGGCCCAAGACUUGGAGAAAAUGAAGCCAGCAGAAUACAGGCUGCAGAAUAAAAAACGCCAGCUUCAGUACCUCACACAGAAUCAUUUGCCAGUCUUGUUGGAAGAGAAGCAAAGAGCUUUUGAAAUCCUUGACAGAGGUCUUCUCGGCUUAGAUAACACACUUUAUUUGGUUGAGAAAGAAAGGGAAGAAAAAGAGGAACAGCUUGCCCAGUACAGAGCCAAUGCCAACCAGCUGCAGAAACUCCAAGCCACUUUUGAAUUCACUGCCAAUAUUGCUCGUCAGGAAGAGAAAGUUAGGAAAAAGGAAAAAGAAAUUCUCGAAUCCAGGGAAAAGCAACAAAGAGAGGCACUGGAACAAGCUGUUGCUAAACUGGAAAAGAGACAUACUGCCCUCCAACGCCGCUCCACUUUGGAUUUGGAGAUUGAAGAGCAGAAACAAAAGCUGGCGACUCUUAACAGCAAUAAUAGCGAGCAGUCAGGUCUCAGAGCUAGUCUAGAGUCCGAACAAAAAGCCUUAGAACAGAACCGUGAAAGGUUAGAGCAUGAAAUUCAGCAACUGAAGCAAAAGCUAUGUGAAGCUGAUGGUGUUCACAAAGGGCACCAGGGAACCCUGGUGCAGAAUCAAUCUUACUCUAACUCCCUAGUCAGUACUAUAAAAUCUCAGUCUCAUCUGGUUCCAUUGUCUGAUAAUAGGGAGCUUAAUGCUUAUAUUGAAGAAGAAGUGCAGCGGCGCCUGCAGAAUGUCCAUCCCAGGAUUGGAGAUGCCAACAUCUAUUUAUCUCAGUCUAAAGAAUUGCCAAAGGAUAAUGAAAAACUUCACAAUGGCACUAUUCAGCGUAAGCUUAAGUAUGAGAUAUGCCAUGACCUACUAAAUCCUUUAAUGUCUGUGUCAGACAAUGCCAGCUGUUGUAAUCAUCCUUUGCUUAGGGAAGAUUUAGUUCAGAUUUCACUUGAUUGGAGAACAGAGGUUACUGAUUUGGUUUUGACAAGUGGAGUGAGAGUGACAUCUAAAUUCCAAAGUACUCUGGUUGACAUUAUUUACUUACUUCAUGGAAACAUGGAAAGCAGUAUUCCCUCCCUGUCAGAGGUUCAACUACUCUUAUAUACUACAGUUAGAGUAGAGAGUGACUCUAGCCAAACACAUUGUGCAUCAUUAGUUCUUCUUAAUACACAUAUUGGACUUGUGAGAGAAGAUUGUGUUUUCUUUCCCCAUACAAUUUCUCCAAGAAUAACUCCUCGACGCUCACAAUUUGAUGUGAUUAAGUUCCGUGCUUUAAAAGAAUUCAGGUGUGUUGUUGCAGACCAGAAAAACUUGUUAGAGGUAAAGCUUGUCUUUUUCAAAAAGCAUAAAAUUGUACCUGAUUCAAGAAUUGGCUUUCCUGGACACCAAUUAUUCAAUCCCCUAUCCUAUAUUGUAGAUGACCAAAAUGAUCCAUCUGAGGUCUGGAGACUAACUUUCAGUUCACAAGAAGAAGCUCUUUGGCUUAUUAGGUACUUGACAAGAUUCUAGAGAGUAGAUUUUUAA